CGGCGUCUGCAGCGGACGCUAGGAGCGGCGUCGGCGGAAAAUAAACAGCCGGGCGCGGGGGAGGCUGAACAGGACUGCGGGGGAGAGUCCUCACUCCGGCUGCUGGGUCAGGGAGGCAGCUGAUUGGCUGGCAGCACCAGGGAGGGGCGGGGUUUGCACAAGCAGUCGCUACAAGGGGGAGGCGUUGUACGCGCAAAGGGCUUGUGCGUACAGGAGGAGAGUCCUCGAGCUCGGCAUGGUUUUGCCAAGACGGUCCACAUAGAGAAGGGAUGCGUUAAUUCAGACCCGACCGUUUGAUCUGCACCUGACUUUUGCACAACCUUUACUUGCGUCCUGCUUGAGAGAAACUUGCCCUGAGUGGCUUCUCCAGAAGGAAUGGCAGAAAAAGUGAACAAUUUCCCCCCGCUCCCUAAAUUCAUUCCCCUGAAGCCGUGCUUCUACCAGAACUUUGCUGAUGAGAUUCCAAUCGAUCACCAGACACUGGUGAGGAGGAUCUAUCAUUUGUGGAUCUUCUAUUGCGUUACGUUGGGUGUUAAUCUCAUCGCUUGCCUGGCCUGGUGGAUUGGUGGCGGCCGUGGUGAGAAUUUUGGUUUGGCCAUCCUGUGGCUGCUUCUCUUCAGCCCGUGCAGUUACGUCUGCUGGUUCCGGCCCAUCUACAAAGCUUUUCGGUCAGACAGUUCUUUCAACUUCAUGGUAUUCUUCUUCAUCUUUGGAGCUCAGUUUAUCCUGGCUGUCAUCCAAGCUAUUGGUUUCUCUGGAUGGGGAGCAUGUGGGUGGCUGGCAGCUGUGACAUUUUUCAAGACCAGCAUCGGGGCUGGUGUGAUCAUGCUGUUUCCUGCUGUGAUGUUCACGCUGUCAGCCUUUGUGAUGUUCAUCUGUCUCAUUCGGGUCCACCGACUCUACCGUGGAGGAGGUGGUAGUUUCCAGAAGGCCCAGGAUGAGUGGCACAGUGGCUUGUGGAGGAAUCCCCCAAGUCGAGAAGCUCAGUACAACAACUUUUCAGGGAACAGUCUCCCGGAAUAUCCGACUGUCCCCACUUACCCUGCCCGAACCCGUUAGCACCGACCCAUCACGAGAUGCUUUAUUAACAGUCAUCUGAAAAAUAGGUUGCUGGUACUUGAGGGGCGGGGGCGGGGGGGAGAAAAAUCAGCAUUCUCCUUUUUUUUAACCCCUUCCCCACCCAGAUAUUUUUUUUCACAUUGCCCUUUCAAUGACUGUGGAAGAUAGAAUUUCUCAACACUGACCCAUGUUCUCAGACUCUUACCUCCAGAAAUGGCCGAAAGAGGGUGGGUGCCAAUAUUUGCCUAGUUCAAUGGCAGGGACACAGGGCCUGCAGUUUCUCCCCCCCCCCCCCCCCGUUUUUGCCAUUGGAUACACAAGAGGGCAGUGUAUGCCCCCAUCUCUAAUGACCUAGUUGGUUUAUGUAGAUCAGCAAUCCACUGCCAUAUUCCUCCAAUGGGGAGGAGACUCAACCUCUCUUCCCCUUCCCCUCCCACCUCGUUGCGUGGCUUCCCUUCUUUAUAUCCCAAAUGCCUUUUCAGGUCUUGCACUGGUUCUUAAGAGAAACCAUUUACUUGCCAGUAAUCCACACUCAGGGCAAGCUGCCCACAGUGCUUGGAUGGCGCCGUGUUAAAUUGCCUAGGGUUGAGAAUCGCAUGGUGCAAUUCUUCUAAUUUUAAAAAAAGCAACCACUCCCUGCAAGGUGAAAACUAGUACCUCAUGGAGAAGGGUUCUAACCUAGCCUUCUCCCUGAGGUGCUAGGUGUCCCAUAUACAAGGAUUCUUGUUUAACAAGAGAAUGUUCCAAGGCACAAUUCUUCCCCUUCAAGUCUCAAGUGGCACAGUCAGGAAUUUUUGUGGCUCUGCCGUUUGUGGAGAUCUCCAUUGUUCAGGUGAUUCAGAUUUGCAGCCUUGAUCAGCUACGUCGCCCAUGCCAAAUACUGCUCUCCUUUUCUUGUAAUUUUUUGAGAGCGCUAUUCUUGAGCUGCUUUUGCUUGCUACUAACCCGCUUGCUGAAGCAGAGGCUUUGUACACCUCUCUGCCUUGUCUGUACCUGGGUGAAAGGCCCUGAGCAGGUUUGUUUCCUUUUUUAGCAUUGUGCCCAAAGCUGUGUUGCAGAACGUAAACCAGUGAUAUCUUGGCAAGGGUCUGUGCGGCACUUGCAGAGAUUGUCUGGACAGAGACUGCCAGCAUUUUCCGGGUGGGAUUCUGUGAUGGCUUGUUCCUCCAGCUUGGUUAGGUCUGGAUGUUUUCAUUGUUGCUUCCCCACCCCACCCCACCCCACCCCGGUGGCUGUUGGUAUCCCAGGUGCCCCGUUUUCCCUUACCGUAUAACAGGUGAGCUGGCCUGAACUUGAGCAUGGGCGUUUAGGUGCCUUCAGCAAGCACUGCACCGUAAUCCUAAGCUGAUAUUCUACGUAUGGGGUGUCCUCAAAACAAGGGGUAGAUUUAUUUCCAGCUGACUGCCGGUAUAGCAGCCUUGGAAAUCUUUCCUGGGUUUGGUUCCAUUUCCCAACAUUCUCUUUGUCUAAGGACAAACAGUGCUGUCUGGCUUUGUGCCCUGUGAAGUAGUCAUAUUCUAAUGCGUGACUUCCCACUUGAUGUGUUUCUAGUGCUACGUGGGUCAGUUCCUCCCCAAACGCGUGGGAGACUCUGGCUUUUCAAAGCGUCUUGACCAUCUCCGGCCAGCCACUAUCUUAGCCCUCGGCUACCACUCAGCCCAUUACCAAAAAACAGUUUGAAUCUCUUCAUUUAUGGAUUUGCAUUGAUCCAAACGUUGAUACUUUUGAGAAACUUUCGCACAGUUUGGGGUAAUACUGGAGAAAAUUAUAAAUGUGAAAACUGGCUUUCUUAUCCCUUUGGAACGGGAGGAGGGAAAAACGGUGACUGCCCCGGCGGGACAGUUGUGACAUGUGCCUUACCUGAUGCGAAUCUCCCCUACUGUACUGCCUUCUUACUUGGUUUAUACUGGAAAUGGUCCCUUCCCUCGUCCCCCCCCCCCCUCAGUGUAUUGUAAUAUGGAAGGGAGUUGUGCCCACCUCGAGGAGAUUUUGUAUAGUUAACAGGAAAGUUAACUCUAGAGGCCAAAACCUCUUUCAGCUUUCUAAAAAUGCUUUUGUGGGGCCCGUCUCUCUCUUCUCAUGCCCUAAAACCAGUUUGUUUACAGGACUCCUGAGACCUCUUAAAACAUUCCAGAUGCAGUAGGGGGGUUGCAGAGUCCUUAAUUUUUUUAGCGGUAUGUGCAAUUUUGCUCCCUUGUCCCUCUGGGGGCUGCCAUUUUGAAGCUGCCAUCUCAAUUCCGCUGGGUGGCCGCAUUCUUUAUAACUGCUUUACUGCUAUUGUUUUGCCUUAACGGUGAUUUUUCAACGCCUUUGGAUGCAGAAAUUACCUUUGGUGGAGGGAGGGGGUCCUCUUGGGAACCAGUUGUAGCCAGCGGUCAGUUGAGGGGGGGGGAGUUCUUUUCUGACCAAGAAAGGGUUUGGGGCAUACAACCAUUCCCACCCCCUCCACUUCCUCAAAGCGUCCUCUGCUAAGCCACGGCAUGCACUUCUCCUGCUGUCGGAGACCAAACCCACCUGCUUCCUUACACCGCUUGUAGUCUCUCCCAUCCCAUAUUGACUACUUUGAAGUGUCUGUUUCUAAAGCGGGAAGGGGAGAUAGUGGUCGCUUGCUUUUGGUGUAACCCCUGGCAGGUGGGAGAACUGGAUCCACCCUGUGGAUCACUUGUUAUUACCUCUUAUCAGCCAGGUCUUUGACAUAUUUGAGGGGAUGCGGGGCAACCAUCGAUAUUUCCAAAGAAGACACCUCGAAGGACAAGUGAAAGAUUGGCACAUUGGGGUGUCUUCUACCCAGUGCGGUGGGAGGUCUAGUUUCUGGAGGGGAGGGGUCUUUUGCGUUGAUUGCCAAGAGCAUCUAAGGCCAAAGUAACUGAGUGGAAUUAGAAACUUUGGGCCAAAAGGCUUGGUGGGGUUCCUGGAGGUGUUUCUUCACCCCAGCUUUAAACCAGGCUGAACUCUUGUAGUUUUGCCCUCUCCUCCUCCCCUUCCUCAAACCCUGGAAUUCUUGCUGGCCAUAACCCUCCCAUCCCGUCAUGCUCUACUUCUCCCACGGUUGGGCCAAUGGCUUCCGUUUCGAAGAAAUCACCCACUCAGUCACUGCCUCAACCCGUUGUCUUAAUAGAGUGACGAUUCUUUGAGCCACGUCUGUGUUUACAUUAGGAUUUAAAGGCGCCAAUACAAUUUUGGGAGGAAUAACACAACCUGAGCUGUGUGCAUGUGUGUUUUUUAAAGAAUUCUGCAUCAUGUUCUGGUUUCUUUUGCAUUGUGGUGUGAUCUGUUACGCUUUUUUCCUCAUUUGAAAAUAAAUCAAGUUAGCCUACAGAAGGACA